AUGCCGUUGAGGAUGUACCCUGCUCUCUUCUGUAACCUUUCCCCUGUUCUCCCGUGCCGCAGGGCUCCGUUCGCAGGUGGACAGCCUCGCACUGCCCUCCCCGGCACGGCCCAGGCGAUCAAGGUGGUGCCCGGCUCCCCCCAGUCUGCCGGCCCGUCCAGCCCCGUCCUCCUGGGCUCGGCUGCACGCCCCGGCCCGGCGCCGGCGGCCCCUCCCACCUCCCCACAACUGCAGCCAGCCUCCCUGCACCUCAAGAACUGCCUCCGCAUCUCCGGCCAGCAGACCGUCAGCCAGGCCCGCAGCGCCCUGCAGCUCGUGCACAGCCCUCCCGCUCCUGGUCCCGAGCGACCCACCGCCACCGUCCCCCCUUUGCGCAACCAGAGUUCCUCCUCCUCCUCCUGUCGCUCCCAGGCCGCAGUGACCCGCCCACUGUCCGCCGCGUCCCCCCAGCACGCUCCUCCGCCCGCCACCCCUCUGGCCGGGCCGGGCUCUCCCGGCGCCCGCUCCGCCAUCCCCCUGACCUCGGCCGCGGCCGCCAUCACCCCGCCCAACGUCAGCGCCACCAUCCUCAACGGAGAGGCGGCCGUGGGCCCACUGCGGUCACCCUCGCCGGCACAGCCCCCCGGAGCCUCCGCCUGCCUGCCCAAGCCAGAAGAGAAGAAAGUGGAAAAGAAGGAGAAGAAGGCAGGCGGGCUGCUGAAGCUCCUGUCAGGGGCGUCGGCAAAAAAGAAGUCCCGUUCCCCACCUUCUGUCUCGCCCACACACGAGCCGCAGACACCAGCCGCCGCCGCCGCCGCUGAGGGGCCCAUGCAGGGGGCCACGGCGGCCAACCUGCCUUCGGGGCUGAGCCACGGCAGGGCGGGGUCCUGCCCCAUCGAGAGCGAGAUGCAGGGGGCCAUGGGCAUGGAGCCCCUGCACAGGAAGUCCGGCUCCUUGGAUCUGAACUUCUCCGUCUCGCCGCCCGCCAGGCAGCCCUGCUCUUCGCUCAUCGCCAUCCGGCCGGAGCCGAAGCCCCUGUCCCGGGAGAGGUACCGCGUGGUGGUGCCUUACCCACCUCAGAGCGAGGCCGAGAUCGAGCUGAAGGAGGGCGACAUUGUCUUUGUGCACAAGAAGAGGGACGACGGGUGGUUCAAGGGAACCCUGCAGCGCACGGGCCGCACGGGCCUCUUCCCUGGCAGCUUUGUGGAAAGCUUCUGAAUAGGGCCUUUCUCCACCAGAUUGGCGCAGACAGGACCGGGCUUUCUGGCAUUAUCAGUUUUUUUUUAUUUAAGUCUGUCUCUUAAACACCCCCCGCCACACAGUCGGGACCUUCGCCUUCAAAGGUUUGGCGUCUCCGAGCACAAGGAGCGUUAAGGUGAACCAUUGACAUUCACUGCCAUUGUUACUUCCAAAGAAGCGACGAGGACCUUUGAAGAAAGCACAGAAAAUUCCCUCUCGGUGCACAACCCCUCUCUUUCCCCGUACCCCUUUUCCACCACCUCAGAGUGCACGGACAGAGGUGGAGAACUGUAUACAUCCCAGAAGCCUCGGAGAGGCUGUGCUGCUCUUUCGUCAACGCGGACGCACAGUGGUUUUCUGAAGUAGUGCCUUCACCCAUGGAGCCACCUGCAGUGAACAGACCGGAAGGAUGAACACUGGACGGAAGCAGAUCCACCUGAAAUAUGGAUUUUGCUAUAGCGAGGCGCACACCUCUGUCCAUUUAAAUGUAAAUUCUAAGUGAAAUAUUUGGAAGAUUUUGUUGUUUUUUUCUUUUACGAAUACCAUAAAUUGUUCUCGUACAGCCGCAGUGACCUUCUGAACUUCCCUGCGAAGGUCAGACGCUUAAGGUAUUUCCCAGGAGGGAGCUGUAGGAGGGACCAUUUCCAGUUCCAUGCGAGGUCUUUCCACUUGGGGUCAGGAUAGAGGAUUAAGCUGGUUUUAGUAGAAGACAACAAUUCAUUUCUCAGCACACAAUAAAAAACCCCGCUAGGCCCUCAGCACCAGGAGUCAGGAAGGAAUAAUGUGGGAAGAUCAUCACAUACUCUCGCUAUUAAGAUGUUGUGACUGUAGGGCUGAGAUGAUAAAAAGUGACAAGGUCCUGCUCCUAAAAGCUAUAGCUCCUCUGUACGUGGAAGGUACCAGUUUCCUUGAUUGUCCAGCCUUUGCUUUGAAAAUGCUAAAUUAAAUACAGAGAAAAUAAAGAAAAGAAGAAGCUUGUAAGAACCAGCCAGUGAAAUUAGAAUCAGAUAAAGCACACUGACUGAUAUUACAUUUUCCUGUGGUUUAUAAAUGUAUCUUCAGUUUAUAAAUGAGGUUUAGGGGAGGUGAUGGCAAAUCUCAGAAUUCAGCCUUGGGAGCACAAUGCAUCAGUGUGAAAAUCUUUAUUAGAUCACACUGAAAAACAUAUUUUUCUACUACACCUAGAAAAGCCACUUUAUUGAAGAAUUUAUUCAAAAUAGGGCCUCGAGAAAAUGAUUUUUUUUAUUGUGCGUGUGUCUUCAGUUGUAAAUAGAAAGCUUUAUUUAUUCAUUUCAGGAAUGAUUUUAUUUAGAAGUUGAGGCCGAUUUUAGUGCUUGUGACGGAGUCUGGAUCCGUAUUUCAUUUCUGCCUUCAAGCUGUGCAGAAUUUCUAAAAGUACAUCAAAUCAUCUUAAGUAGAUCAUUUGUUUUUUUAACUUGAGGAAAGAAAAUGAUAUAUUUCUUAUGAAUCUAAGGCACAUUACUACAUCAGGCUAGUUCUAGCAUGAAGAUCUUCAAGUCUGAAAAAAUGUGAAAAAAGAGACAUUUUUAAGGCUGUCCUACCUUGC